AUGGUGUCCUUCAACAAUAGGAUCACGGAGAAUGUCAACGGGAAACUGGCGUUUGCUUCCACGGUCAUGAUGUUGUCUCAAAUCAAUUUCGGAAUGGACCUCGUCGCCUUCUCCAACACCCAAGCCAUGUCUACAUUUAACAAGAAGUUCGGUCACUACAAUGCUAAACUGGAACGAUAUGCAUUGGACCCGUACUUCCUCUCGCUCUUGAACAGCCUUACCUACGUCGGUCAAGCCUUUGGCGUCAUCACAGGUGGUUGGAUUGCUCGACGUUGGGGACGAAGGGCUUCGUUCUGGGUCAUGUCUGUGUGGGCAGUGGUGUCUGCUCUGCUCCUUGUCACGGCACAGAAGAAAGAACAGGUCCUCGUCGGUCGCAUUUUUAAUUAUGUGUACCUUGGUCAGGAGCUUGUCACGGUUCCCGUAUACCAGGCAGAAAUCGCUCCCCCAAAGAUCCGAGGGAUGAUCAUCGGCACGUUCCAGCUCGGCACAAUGGUUGGUGCUUUCAUCAUGGCAUGCAUUACCUACGGGACGAGCAAGCUAGACACCGAGGCCGCGUUUCGCAUUCCCUUUGGCAUUUUCUUCGUUAUCCCAGUGGUUGUCUUUGUCGGAUCUUUGUUCAUGCGCGAGUCCCCACGUUGGCUUCUUGUCCGAGAACGGUCAGAGGAAGCCCUGGAGUCGCUCCGGCUAUAUCGACAGGGCAAAUUCACCGAAGAGGAGAUUAUGGAAGAAUACCGUGACCAGGUGGCUAUGAUCGUCGCCGUCACGAAUGACAAAGGCACAUUCAAGGAGAUGUGGCAGGGGAUCAACCGCAAGCGAUCCCUCAUCGUCAUCGGCUCCAACAUCAGCAUCCAGAUCAGCGGACAAGGACUAUUCAGCAAAUACGGCACCAUCUUCUUGACCGACCUUCAUGGACCGAAUCCUUUCCAGAUGUUCCUCAUCAACACGUCCUUGCAGAUUGUGGUCAUCCUGGCUGCUAUGUAUCUCUUUGAUAGAAUCGGUCGCAAACCUCCGUUGAUUAUCGGGUCCAUCAUUCAGACCACCACAUUCCUCGCCAUCGGUGGACUCGGGACGAUAUCGGAUCCCAGCAAAAAUGUCAAAGUCGGACUCACGGCCCUGUUCACCGUCUACUACCUGGGCUUCGUCUUUGGCUGGGGUCCCAUCUACCACAUUCUUUCGUCUGAAAUACCCACCUCACGCAUGCGAGACAUCACAUACACGGUAUCCAGCAUCUUCACCGUCGUCACGCAGUUCGUCGUCUCCUUUACCAUCCCGUACCUGCUCUAUGCGCCGUACGCAGACCUCGGAUCCAAGAUCGGCUUCAUCUUCGGGCCCAUCGCCUUCGUCACGCUCCUCUUUGCCAUCUUCUGCGUGCCCGAGUGCCGCGGCUUUUCGCUCGAAGAGAUCGACCACCUGUUCAGGGCGAAGGUGCCUAUCCGUCAGUUCCGCAGAUACAAGCACGGCCAGAUUCUGCCGGAAGGAGGUGCCGAGAAAGAGACGGAGAAGGCGGGAGAAGGGCCUUCUGUGGAGCUUAAAGAGGUCGCUGAGAUGUAG